GACACUCUUUUGCAGACCAGAACGUCUCAUUCUUCAUUUCACAUCGCUCCUCUUCUCACCUCGACUCCUCACUGACUCUCCCUCACAGUCUCUUGACUUCUUGAGCGAUGUCUGCAUCGCCAGGGGACGGAGGUGAGGCCUCGGCCAUGCAGUCCGCCCAAACGUCGGCGUUCCCAUCUACCUCGGUCGACGCUAGCUCUGGGACAACGACACCCCGCCUCGCCUCAGCCUCCUACCCCCCAACAUCCUCUCCAGCCCCCGCAUCUCCCAUGCCUCCCUCUGGCUCUCCAGCACCCGCGUCACCAGCACCCGGGGUUCGCGGCCCUCGCCCCCGCCCUCCGCGCCCAGUGCGAUGCUACUCUCUCGAGGCGCUGCGCGAUGAUCCAGUUCACUUCCCCAUGCCCACGCGGGCUCAUCCCGUCCUAGAAAGUAUGCCCGAGGUCUCCCCGCCGCUUCUGGGGUCGUCUGAUCGCUCCGGCGCGCCCACCGAAGUCGACCCCGUCGGCUUUCCCGUGCCGCAGCCUGCGCCCCCUCCCUUCGACUCGUUGCGGUCUCAACCUUCCUCCGGGCCUUCCUCUUCCAUUGCCCCGAGAUCCUCUGCGCUGCCCGGCACCUUGCCUCCUCCUAUUUUCGCCUCCGGAUUAACCUCGCCAGUGCUCGCAUCGCAACCCGCCUCCCCUACAGACUUUCAGCCUCUCCAGCCGACGCGUACCCGCCAUCGCGCCCACACGGUGAGCGUUACAAUGCCUUCGCAGAUCCGUCAUUCCAGAUUUCGUCCUCUCGACAAUGUCCGCGAGGCGGAGCGCCGCGCUAGCGCGCCCCGUGCGAGCGGGAGUGCGAGCGAGGAGUAUGAGGGCGGAAGCUCUAUCAACGUUCGCAUGGGCUCCAUGUCCGACGAGGGGCACGGGACUCCCCGCCGCAGGCGCCGCGCAAAUACAGAGGUCAUUUAUGAAAACGGCGAGCUGCAUGACGACGCGGUCGGCCUCCUCGACUGUGUUGACAUGGAGGUCUCAACACUAAAUCACCUGCAAAACGUCACGAACGGCAUCAUGUUCCCGAACAUCCCACAGCUUUGGACGCGUCGGCCCACGCUCGUGAUUCCUUCCACGCCUUCAGAGCACAGUCUUGGUGAUGGCGUGGGUGGGGAGGGAGAAGAACAGAACAUUCUCCCGCCGCCCGUCACGGCCAAGCGAAAGAGUCGAUCAAGAGCAGGCACACUCACACGCAUGUUUGGAAUGGAGGCACAGCGGCCAUCACUUGCAUCACAAGCGGACGUCAGCCCGCCAGCCUCGGAGGCCGGAUCGCUCGGCAAGUCGCGCACCGAGCAAAGAGAAGCAAAGGACGCAGGUGGUGAUUUCGUGCCCCUCCAGCCUAUACCUGCGUACAACAAGGACAAGUUGGAGGAUGACGAAUCUGAGGACGAGAGUGAAGCAGCCGUGGAGCACAGCUUGGACAAGCACCUGCGCAAGGUGCUUGUGCGGCAGCAGCGUAAAGCCAAGCUCAAGGCCUCGCUCAAGGGCUUGUGGGUAUAUCUCAAGACACCAAUGGGCGUCAUAACAGCGAUCUACGGUUUCCUUGUCGUCUUUUGGGGCGCCGCUAUCGUCUUAUUCCUCCUGGGUUGGAUUCCCACCUCGUCCAAGGAUACGCAGGACAAGUGGGUCGAGAUUUCGUCCCAGGUCGUGAAUGGCUUGUUCACUAUCACUGGUGUUGGUCUCAUUCCCUGGCGCGCGAUUGACACAUAUCGCAUGAGUGUGAUUUGGACUUUGCGCAAGCGGUUCCAGCGCCGAUGCAAGAAGCGCGGGCUGCCACCUCUUGAGGAUCCCGACGAUCUCCCCGACCCCGCGACGUUGCCAGGGUAUGAGGAUGUGCUUACAGAGGCGGAGCACGACAGGCUUGUCGACCAGCAAACCAAGUUUGCCAAAAGCCAAACAUGGUACCGGCCACAUGCGACGGCAACCCACCGUGCGUUCCCGAUGAGUCUGGCUCUCUGGAACACGAUCCUCAUGGACGGUAACUCGUUCUUCCAGUGCCUGCUGUGUGGGUGUAUGUGGGGCAUGAAUAGGCACACACGCCCGCCAUGGACGACCGGCUCCCUCAUUCCGCUCUCGUUCUUGUGUGGCAUCGGCGCGGGUGUCCUCAUCUGGCAGGGCGGAAAGCGGACGAAGAAGACGGCGGCUGUCGAGGACAAGCUCCGCAAAGCACUGGCGGUGCAUGAGCCGGUUCCGGAACGCGUCAAGAAGCCCCGCCGCUCCACAGUCACGGGCACACUUUCGACGGGCGUCGACCCCGUUCUCAACGGCGAAGCUGCGAGACGACCGAAGCGCGCGGCAACGAGUGAGCUUCCUCACCUUUCAACGGGCGAGUACAGAUUGGAUCGCGAGGCCAUUUUGGGCAGCGUCGCCGAAGCGGACGAGCCGAUGUCUUACGAGCCGGCAUCGGAUUCACCCAGCUCGUUGAAGAAGCGGGAGCUCGGGGAUGACGACGUCGUCGAGUUGAGGAGGGAGAGGAGUAGAGACCUGGGGCGGAGGACCUAGUGUACUAGCGCAAUUCAGUGAGUGUACGAUCUGGGCUGUUGAAACAUGGCACGCAUGCAUAGUAUGUCGACUG